AUGUUUCAAAAAAGUGGAGGAGGUUUUGGAAGUAAUUCAAACCUGAAUCCAUUCGCUACAGGUAAUAAAACAUCAGUGUUUGGAGGGCUUGGUCAAUCCAAUGAUCAGUCAGCCUUUGGAUCCACUGGGUUCGGAUCAUCAGGUUUUGGAAAUCAACAAAGUAAACCGCAAACUGCCUCUGGCUUUGGUUCCAGUGGGUUUGGUUCAUCAGGUUUUGGAAAUAAUACUUCAAAUAAUGCAGGCUUUGGUAGUUCUGGUUUUGGAAGCUCUGGAUUUGGUAAUAAAUCUACAAUCAAUAAUCAAUCAGGUUUUGGAUCGAGAGGCUUUGGUUCAUCUGGAUUUGGUAAUGCCAAUAAGACAACCCCACUGGCAUUUGGCUCAAGUCAAACUUCAGGAUUUGGCUCCUCAGGAUUUGGUAGUCAAAAUACAACAUCAGCAUUUGGAACUAAUAAUCAACAAUCACAAUCAUCACCAUUUGGUAAAGCAACAACUUCUGCUUUUGGCUCAGCUCAACCUUCAACUACAUCUGCAUUUGGAUCAUCUCAGCAACCAUCUGCUUUUGGCUCAUCUCAACCUAGUUCUUCAGCGUUUGGAUCAACACAACCUACUACGACAUCUGCAUUCGGAUCAGCUACCACCCAACGUAAUCCAUUUGGUCAAUCACAGCCAACUACAACAUCAGCAUUUAAUCAAACUCAAUCUUCGGGAUUUGGAGGUUUUGGUCAAGCAAAUAAUCAAUCUGCAUUUAAUUCCAAUACAAAUCAAAAUCCUUUUGGAUCAAACACAUCUGCAUUUGCGAAUUCUGGUUUUGCAUCACAACCAUCAAACACUGCAACAGCAUUUGGUCAAUCUAACACAUCAACUACAACUAAUCCACCUCAAUUUUCAUUUACAUCAAAUAAUGAUACACAAAAUAAGAUAGAAGAAACAACGUCAGUUGAUACAGAGUCAGAUUUAGAUCCAGAAAUACUACGAGCUUUUAAAUCUAACAGUUUCACACUUGGAAAAGUACCAGAUAUACCCCCACCAAUUAAUUUAAUAAAUGUAUAG